AUGUCUUUAAAAUAUGAUGAGAAAUUAUUUUCAGAUGUUAAGCCACCACCGAUUUUUGAAGAUUUAAGUGAAAGUAUAAAAGAUUAUCUUUUAAAACCGGAGAAACUAUCGAUUCAUAAAUGGGAGAGAUCACAGACACAUUGGCACAGAAAACCAGAUAUAGAUUCUUUGUUCAAAAGCGAUGAUGAAGAACUAGGAAUUGAUACCACACUCGAAGUUGUUCGAGACCCUAGAACAGGGGAAAUUAUAGGUCUGGAAGAAAUUAAUAUACCACUCCAAGAUGACGAAGAUAAUCUAUCCAUGUCACGAGCUCCAUUGCCUCCCAACUUGGCCACUAGAGGCACAACUACUCAGAAUCCAUUUUUACCAGCCGGUUUUGAGGAGGAACUGCAAAAGAUGUUGGAUGAAGCGGCACAGAGUUCUGAAAUUGAAAUAAAUUUUGAAGAUGAUGAGCCCGGAAAAUUUCUAGGAGAAGACAUUUUGUCAACAGCGCCAGGAUCAAAGGAGGCAGUUCUGUUUGCUGAAGAUGGAAUGACUUUACUUGAUCAACAGAAAGAUGUACAAGAGGAUAAACAUCAAGAACUAGAUCUCAAGAUAGAAAUUGAUUUGGAAGAAGUGGUUGAUAAUAAUGCACACUUAGUUGGUCUCUGGAAAGAUGACGAAGAUGAUAAACAUGAGAUCUCGAAACCGAUUAAGAAGAUACAAAUCGAAAACGAUAAGGAAGACGACAAUUUCUUAGAAAGUACUAUCAUCAGACCGCCCGUGGAACUUCCUGAGAUACCAAUAUUAAACAUAACAAACUCUGCCGUAAAGCUCGGGGUCACUUCUACCGAAUGGGCUGAAAUGAUUGAUGUAUCCCUACCUGUGCCAGAUUUUAAAGAAAAAAUUAAAGAUAUGGCACAUUCAUAUCCAUUUGAAUUGGACAGCUUCCAAAAACAGGCUAUACUUAAAUUGGAAGAAGGCCACCAUGUAUUUGUAGCUGCCCAUACAUCUGCUGGGAAGACAGUUGUCGCUGAGUAUGCUAUAGCUAUGUCAAGGAGAAAUUGUACCAGAGCAAUCUACACAUCACCAAUCAAAGCUCUAUCUAACCAGAAGUACAAUGAUUUUAAUAAAAUGUUUGGUGAAGUUGGUCUUCUAACGGGUGAUCUUCAAAUCAACGCUACAGCGUCUUGCCUCGUGAUGACAACUGAGAUAUUAAGGUCUAUGUUGUACUGCGGCUCUGACGUCACAAGGGACCUUGAAUUCGUUAUAUUCGAUGAGGUCCACUACAUUAAUAAUACUGAGCGUGGCUAUGUAUGGGAGGAAGUCCUAAUUCUUCUCCCAGCUCACGUCAGUAUAGUGAUGUUGAGCGCGACUGUACCCAACACUCUCCAAUUCGCUGACUGGGUGGGUCGUACUAAGAAGAGGAAAGUCUAUGUCGUGUCUACACCUAAACGACCUGUACCUUUGUGCCAUUAUUUAUAUACAGGUUCGGGAGGUAAAUCCAAAAAUGAAAGAUUUCUGGUCGUCGAUCAAGAGGGUACCUUUCAGUUGCGCGGUUACAAUGAAGCUGCUGCCGCUAAGAAAGCGAGGGAAAACGAAUAUAAGAAGAGCUUUGGGCCGAAAGGUGGAAAACAAUUCGGUAAUCCUAAAGCCGAACAAACCAUGUGGGUAGCGUUCAUUGAUCAUUUGAGGUCUUGUGAUAAGUUGCCCGUAGUGGCUUUUACCUUAUCAAGAAAUAGGUGUGAUCAGAAUGCUGAAAACUUGAUGUCAGUAGAUUUAACAACGGCCAAAGAGAAAAGUCACAUCAAAUCAUUCUUCAUGAGAUGUCUUCAGAGGUUGAAGGAGCCUGAUAGAAAGCUUCCACAGGUGAUACGUCUCCAAAGAGUAUUGGAGAACGGUAUCGGUGUACAUCACAGCGGUAUAUUACCUUUGCUUAAGGAAAUCGUCGAAAUGCUCUUCCAGUCCGGUCACGUGAAAAUUCUGUUCGCGACUGAGACGUUCGCUAUGGGCGUCAACAUGCCAGCACGUACUGUGGUCUUCGAUGACAUCACAAAAUUCGACGGCAUACAGUCCAGAAGCCUCGCGCCAGCUGAGUACAUACAGAUGGCGGGCAGGGCGGGGAGACGAGGUCUGGACGAUACAGGUACAGUCAUAAUCCUCUGCAAAGAAGGUGUUCCAGAUCAAGUGACGCUUAAAGGAAUGAUGUUGGGUACUCCACAGAAGCUGUCGUCUCAGUUCAGACUGACAUACGCCAUGAUAUUAAGUUUAUUGCGUGUGGCAACAGUAUCAGUGGAGGGUAUGAUGCAGAGAUCCUUCAGAGAGUUCCAUCAGAUAUGCCAAGCUGAUAAUAACAGGAAACAACUGCAAUUAGCUGAAAAGGAAUAUUCAGAGAAAUGUAGCACUCCCCUGCCAUCGCAUUUAGCUCCAUUAGCCACAUUCUAUGACAUAGCCAUACAGUAUAUAGAUGUCUUGAAUGAUAUAAUGCCAAUAUUAUUGAACCAAUCUAAAGUUGUUAAGGAAUUCGUGCCGGGAAAAGUUCUCAUUAUAUCAGCGGGACCCUUCAUAAAUCAAUUGGGGGUCUACUUGAACAAUAGCGGUCCCAGGCAAACCCCAUACAAGGUACUAGUUUUAAACACAGCUGAACAAGAUACAGCUAGAUACAACUUUGAUGUGGAUGAAAAUUGGUACAGGAUGUUGGGUUUCUCUAAACUCUAUGAAAAUAUAGGUACUGAAGAAAGUACAAUGGAUCACACAAUACUGUGUAUAGCACCUAAGAAUGUUGUGGCUGUUACUAAAACUAAUCUUAAAAUUGAUGCUAAUCUCAUCAUAAGAGAUUGGGAGCAAAGACAGAUGCCACGUUUCAAGGAUGCUCCAGUAGGCGCGACCUGUAGUCGAUCAGUUCAGGAGCUGUGCCAGUUGUCUCACGCUGCACGUACGUCAGCCGCCGGCCUCGAGACGGUCAGUCUCACACAGGCACUUUCCAUCACCACUGGAGAAAUACUACAGUCACUCGACAAAAUGAACAAAUGCAAAUCUGAGCUUGAAGCACAGAAGAAAUACACAGAUAUAGCGAAUUUCAAGAGCGAAUUCGCUGUUGUGUACGAACGAAAACAAGCUGAGAGGAAACGCGAUAAAUACAAACGUCUUCUAUCAUUCGAAAAUCUAGCUCUAUACCCAGACUACCAAAGACGAUUGAUGGUUCUACGAGAACUGAACUAUAUAGAUGAUCAUGACAGCGUUAUCUUAAAAGGCCGUGUUGCGUGUUGUAUGGGCACCAACGAGCUUAUAAUAUCAGAAUUGGUGUUCCGGAAUGUAUUCACCGAUAAGAAUCCAGCGGAAAUAGCAGCACUCCUCAGCUGUUUCGUUUUCCAAGCUAAGACUAGAGUGGAACCGGCUUUGACUGAGAAAUUACAAGCUGGUGUUAAAGCUAUAGAACAAAUUGAUGAUGAACUUACCAGGAUCGAGGCUAAAUAUAUGGUUGGCCAAUUCGAAGGGCAAGCAGAGAGAUUAAACUUUGGUCUAGUCAGAGUUGUCUAUGAAUGGGCCCUAGAAAAACCGUUUGCAGAAAUCAUAGAUUUGACUGACGUUCAAGAAGGUAUUAUAGUGAGAUGUAUCCAACAACUUCAUGAACUCCUAGUUGAUGUGAAAGACGCAGCAGUUGCAAUUGGUGAUCCAAAACUUCAAGCAAAAAUGAUGGAAGCUUCAACAGCUAUCAAGAGGGAUAUAGUUUUCGCAGCAAGCUUAUAUACUACUCAGCGAGAGACCGUGAUAUUAUGA